AAGGAAACGUAGCAGACCCCAGAGACACAAGAGAGGAAGAGUUGGAAGAGGGAGGAGAGAGAAGAGCGUUAAUGGUCAUUUAGCUGUCUUUCUUUUUUUCUAUCUCUGCAUUUAGUGCUGGAAGGAGAAGGCACUAAACUUCUGAGGAAACAAGAGAAGCUUAGCAGGAGUUCACGUGUUGCGGCCUUCUUCUCUACACAUCAGGACGCGAACAGGAGCUUACACUUGUUAGCACACAGAUCUGACAACUGACCUCAUCAUGUUCGGAUGGGUUGCUGGUUUCUUCACCUAUGAAACGACCAAGUCGGUGGUGGUCAAGAGCUGGUCGGUGGGAAUUAUCAACCGUAUAGCUCAGCUCCUCAUUAUCAUUUACUUUGUUGGCUGGGUGUUUAUCCAUGAAAAGGCAUAUCAGGUCCGUGACACCGGGAUCGAGUCUUCAGUCAUGACUAAAGUAAAGGGCUUUGGCUUCUACAACAACACUCUGAUGGAUGUUGCAGAUUAUGUGAUACCCAAACAGGGUGCCUCUAUGUUCUGCAUCAUCACCAGGAUGGUCAUGACACCUAAUCAGAUGCAGAGUACGUGCCCAGAGACUGACAAGACUUUUAAUUGCAGCACCGAUAAUGACUGUAAACAACACAUUUCCUCAAACUUGCCAAGUGGGAAGAUAACGGGGAAGUGUGUCACUGAGGCAAAACAGUGUGAGAUUUUAGGCUGGUGUCCAGCAGAGGACGACUUAAAAGACUCAAAAACGAAUGAAGCAAUGCAGGAGGUUGCGAACUUCACAAUCUUUGUAAAGAACAGCAUUCACUUCCCUCGAUUCAAUGUCACAAGGGGGAAUUUAGGAAAAAGCAAGAAACUGAAAUGUGUCUUUGACCCUGUUAAUAACACAGACUGUCCCAUCUUCCGAGUGGCAGACGUGCUAGAGUACGCCAAAGUGCCUUUCCAAAACAUCUCAACAAAUGGAGGAGAGAUUGGAAUUAAUAUUGCCUGGAUAUGCAAUCUAGAUCAACAUGAGGACAACUGUAAACCCAAAUACACAUUCACACAUCUGGACUCUGCAUUUAAAGGCAGUUCUGCCACAAAGGGAUACAACUUCAGGUUUGCAAAAUACUUUAAGACAGAAGAUGGCAAAGAAUAUCGCACACUUCAUAAAGCUUUUGCUAUUCGCUUUGACAUACUUGUAUCUGGCAACGCUGGAAAAUUUCACUUAAUCCCAACAGUAAUUAAUGUUGUUGCAGCUUGCACCUCAGUUGGCCUGGCAACGGUCCUCUGUGACAUCAUCUUGUUAAACUUCCUGAAAGGGGCUAAACAAUACAAGGCGAAGAAGUUUGAAGAGGUCUCAGAUUCUGUCAGUAGAUCUCCAAGUCUCGACUUAUAUCAAACCAGCCAGGUGACAAUUAAACGGGAAGAGAAGAGCUCAGAUGAUUCAGGGGCUUAUUCCAUUGGACAUCAUGUGUGAGCGACGGGCGCCUCGGCUGGAAUGAAGAGAACGAGAUUCAGUAUUCUGAACCUUGACACAUGCUACUCAAGGGGACAUCAGGUUUACAGCCAUCACCAAUUUCCUGUCCAGUAUCUCAACAUAAAUAUGAGUAUCUUCAUAAAAUACGUAAUGAGUAAGAAUUAUCGGCGCAAUUAUUAAGGUUAAACAUUUUAAAGAGUCAGGAAACAAAGUCUCAGAUAUCAAGACGGAAGAUGUAGACAAUAUGUGCUUUCCAAAGGCAAACUAUCCAGCGGUAUAGUUAAAGAAAAAACACAAAAAAAAAACCCAUCUCUUUUCACUUCUCCUUUUAUAACAUCACAAACAAAAUGUCCAAUGUGACUCAAACCAAUAUCACCCUCACUGCUUCUUUAACUAUGCACAUGAGCCUUCUGCUACUAUUACAUAUAGUAGGAUCUCUCAUCUCAGUGUAUUAUAGCAGGAAGUUUAUUUCUUUAUACCAUUCUCACUAACAUAUCACAACCCACAAUUACUGCAUGUUGUACUGCACUGUGGUAUUUGUAUAUUUAAAGAUCCAUUCAUGUUAUUUCAUAUUUAAACUCUCAGGCUUUUAGGGUUUAUUGACAAAUAUAGACUUAUAAAAGUAAUACAAAAAAUAUAUAACCAACCACAUUUACCAAAUACAUAUAGAACACACUGUAAACACAAUAAUCGUGAAAAAAAUAAAAACCCUGAAUAAUACAUUUUAAAGUCAUCUAACUACAAAAAAAAAAUGGAAGGUUAUAUGAGUUAUAAACAUGUGAUUUUCAUAGUAAU